UCAACCCCAACUCAUUUUCAGUUUCACCUCCCUAGCUUGCCCUUUUUCGACUACCCUUGUUUCAUAACUUCCUUUUUCUCGAGAAAAUAUGGGAAAGGUAGUUAGCAUGUUGUAUCGAAUCCUUUGCCUGCUUUUAGCAUUCUUGCAUUUCCAGGUCCAUUGUUCAUUGAGUUCCCCUUCCUCUUUUCUUCAUUCAGCUCAUUUAUGCCUCCCAGAACAGAGAGCUGCCUUGCUCGAAUUCAAAAACGCCAUUUCUCUAGAUGAUUAUUGUGGGCCAGUUUAUUCUAAUUACCCAAGGACAAGUUCUUGGAAUGAAAGCACGGAUUGCUGUUCAUGGGAUGGAGUCAGUUGCCACACGGUGACGGGUCAUGUCAUUGGCAUUGACCUCAGUAACAGCUGCCUUUACGGUACUCUCCCUGCAAACAGCAGCCUCUUCCACCUUCAAAGACUUCAAUGGCUCGAUCUUAGUUCCAACAAUCUUCAUGGCUCUUUUCUUGAAAACAGCAGCCUCUUCCACCGUCAAGGACUCCAACAACUCAACCUUGCUUUCAACGAUUUCAAUGGCUCUAUCUCAUCAGAGUUAUUUAAUCAAUUAGUGAGUUUGACCCAUCUUAAUCUCUCCUAUAAUUCAUUCUCUGACUUAAUCCCAUAUGAAAUCAGUCUCCUGUCAAAAUUGGUUUCACUCGAUCUUUCCAAUAAUGGUUUGAGAUUUGAUAGUCAAGGUUUUGACAUGCUUGCACGCAACUUAACUGAAUUAAGAAACUUUAUCAUUGACUCUGUAGAUAUGUCUGAUGCUGCAAUUCCUUCCUUUAUGAACUUGACUCCAUCUCUGGAAAGCUUGAGUCUUACUGAUUGUCAACUAGAUGGAGAACUUUCAAGUGAAGUGUUUAGCCUUCCAUACCUCCAGCACAUAGAUUUAGGUUGGAAUCAAAAUCUCACAGGUUAUCUCCCUAAGACAGACUUGAGUAAUGCCAUUAAGUUGUUGGACCUUUCCUUUUGCCGUUUUAGAGGGUCAAUUCCCGCAUCAUUUGGAAAUCUCACUCAAAUCAUCUUUCUAGAUUUUUCAAGAAAUGAUUUUGGAGGACAGAUUCCUGAUACUUUUGGAAACCUUAAUAAAUUGACUUUUUUGUCAUUUUCUUUCUGCAAUUUUUGUGGUCAACUUCCAACAACUAUGUUCAACCUCACAGAACUUACCCACCUGGAUUUGUCACAUAAUCGAUUAGAAGGUUCCCUACCAAAUCAUGUUAGUGAGCUUCAAUUGCUAGAAGAUAUUAGCAUUAACAAUAACCUUAUAAGUGGUGGAGUACCAUCUUGGCUGUUUACUUUGCUAUCUUUGAGAAGGUUAGAUCUCAGCUAUAACAAGCUCACUGGUCCAAUUGACCAAAUUCAGAAGCCUAAUUCUCUUGAAUAUAUUGAUUUGAGUUCUAAUGACAUUCAUGGAUCAAUACCAAAUUCCUUUUUUGAUCUUGUGAGCCUUGAAACGCUUGAUCUUUCCUCAAACAACUUGAGUGGUGUCAUCAGGUCAAAUAUGCUUGCAAAACUCAAAAAUCGUACGGAUCUUCAUCUUUCAAAUAAUAGUUUACUAUCUUUAAGCACAAGCGGCAAUGAUGUUAACUAUUCCUUCCCUCAACUUGUUAAAGUGUCAUUCUCUUCUUGUAGCAUAAGACAGUUCCCAAGUUUCUUUCGAACAUCAACUUUGGAGCUUUUAGAUCUUUCCAAUAACAAGAUUCAUGGUAGAAUUUCCAAAUGGGAAGCAGAAGGGUGGGAACGAUUGAGUGUGUUGAACCUUUCUUACAACUUUCUGACCACCUUGGAGCAAUUUCCAGCCGGAAAGAAUAUUCAAGUUCUUGACCUUCAGUCCAACAUGCUUCAAGGGCCGAUUCUCUCAACGUGCUUGAAUCUUCAAAAUCCAAAUCUAACACAAGUUUUGGUUGUAUUCUUAAUUUCGAAGAAUAAAAUGACCGAAAAUAUCCCUCAAUUGAUUUGCAAUUGGAGUUCGCUUAUGGUUCUUGAUUAA